CAUCCUUUUUCCCUCCCGCCAAAACUCGGAAAUCUCCAAUCCAUCUCCAUAUCUUUCUAUUCAUUUAGCCAUUGGAAUAAAAUCUGCCCUAACACAAUGCCACCAGGGAACGAACGACCAGCACUCCAGCAAGCAGAAACAGAUGGCGCAGGGCCAGUGAAGAGACGAAGACCCGCUCUUUCCUGCGUAGAAUGCCGAAAGCGAAAAGUAAAAUGCGACAGAGAGAAACCUUGCGGAGAAUGUUCCAAAACGAAAUCACCGACAUGCACGUAUCGUUCUCAGCCGAAAGGGCGACAUAUGCGAUCGCCUGUCGCGCAUGGGAACUCGACGGCCGCAUACGGGUAUACUCAACCCGCGGUUCCUGUGAACCCUGGAUCUUCGAUCUUGGAUGCUCACAAUGGCACGGGAUCUUCUUUGUCAAAUAGCACGGACACUGUGUCGGAGCUUUCGGAUAGACUUCGACAUCUAGAGGGGCAGCUUGCUGCUAUCAACACAAGCGACACUCGAUCUAACUCCAGUGCAACUCUUUCUUCGAAGGAUCCCUCUACCCGCCAGCCAAGCACGUACUUUGUCAAAUCCAAGUUUUUCGGUGAAAGCCAUUGGCUGAACUGUCUUGAGCCCUAUGAAUCUCUUGGUCGUACGAAUAUUUUUGUUGAUCCCGCUACGAAUAGAACGGAAGUGGAUGCGAGCUCCGAUUUGUUUACGACAGUUGCUGAAUGUAAGCGUAUGGCUCGUACUAUUAAAGGUACGAGAAUGCCUCGGCCCAGUAUCGAUGAGGAGGUGAAGGGAACGAUGCCUGGGAAAGAUGUAGGCGAUCAACUCGUUCAGUGUUAUCUACGAACUUUCGAAGGUGCUUUCCGCGUCCUCCAUAUCCCAACUUUCUUCCGCGAUUACGAAAGCUACUGGAGUAACGUAGAAGCCGCCAAACCUUCUGUGAUAAUCAAAAUGCUUCUCGUAUUCGCCAUUGGUGUCCCGUUUUACACCGGUCCCGAACAACCCCGUCUCCGUGCUUCGAGCGCCAAAUGGAUCCAAGCUGCAGAGGCAUGGCUGAGCGCACCCUAUCAGAAAUCGCGCCUCAACAUGGCAGGCUUGCAGAUCCACAUUCUGUUACUACUUGCACGACAGGUCUGCAGUGUUGAUGGCGACCUGGUUUGGAUCUCUGCUGGCUCGCUUUUAAGAAGUGUCAUGCAUCUUGGUCUCCAUCGUGAUCCAAAACACUUUCAGAAUAUCUCUCAGUUUCAUGUGGAAAUGAGAAGAAGGCUUUGGGCUACGGUGAUGGAGGUGACAGUUCAGAUGAGUCUGGAUAUGGGUAUGCCACCGAUGAUUUCCCUGGAUGACUACGAUACUCAGCCACCAAGCAACUUCAAUGAUGAUGAUAUUGGUAGCCUUGACGGAUCUUCCUUUUCACCGAGACCUAUAAGUGAGAUUUCAUCGAUGCAAAGAUCCCUCUAUGAGACCCUUCCUUUACGUCUAGAAAUAACGAGACGACUGAACAGCAUUCGUUCUCCUCCUUCAUACAAGGAGACGCUCGGUCUCGCAAAGGAUCUUCUCUCACAGUGUCACGGGCACUCCAAAUUCUUCCACGAGGCUGUCAACUCUGGAUUCGAAACGGUUCCGAACCCAUUCCAAGUCAAGCUUUUUGACGUUUCAAUUCGCCGUUUCGCCCUGUGUCUGCACCGUCCGUUCUUCAACAAAGCAAAGGAUAGUCCGGAGUACUACUACUCUCGCAAAAUCUGUCUUGAUUUGUCCGUUAUGAUCGCUACGCCGGUAGCAGAUCUGAGUCAAGGCGAACAAGACGACUGGCUUCGUCUUAGCCACCACAGCGUGGGGUUCUUCAAAUCUAUAUUCCUGCACAGUAUCUCCACGGUAUAUCUGGAGCUUAUCUUACAGUUGGAAGACCAGGAGAACUCGAUGACUUUCUACCCUGCAAGGAGCAGUAUUUCUGCCGAACCCGGGACCUCGCAUCCAGUGCUCUCGCCACAACUAGAAAUCUACCGAAACAUUAUUAUCAACGCAAAAAAAAGUGCGAGAGAACGAAUCCGCAGCGGCGAGACGAACGCCAAGGGCUUUACAUGGCUGUGUGCUGCCGUUGCGCGUAUCGAUGCUUUGGCGAGUAACUCGGACCCCGAAGCCGCCGUUCUAUUAGCAGCAAAACAUGCGAUUGUCGAGACCGAGGAGCUCAUGCGUGCGGCUUAUCUCGCGGAAAACAAUAAGCCCAUUGAUCUUUCGCAACGUCGGGAUGGGAUUUCGGGACGAGAACACGGGAGGGGUGAGGGCGCCGACGAUAUCACGGGCGAACCGGGAGUGGAGUUAGGGAAUAGCUGGGAUAUGGGGUCAGCAGAUUUCGAUGUGGCACCGGAGAACAUGGACUGGGAGAAUUUGAUGAGGGAUGAGUCGUUGGAGAUGGGGUGGGGAUUUGAGAAUAGCCCGGAAAGCUGGUUCGGGAUGGGAGUGGAUUUUGAUAUGGGGUUUUGAGAUUCCAAAGAGAAUCGAUCUAAUGCGACGACUACAAAUCACUGCUUUCAUCUGUUCCUUGUCAUCUGUAACUAGUCUCCUUCAGGGGUGUGGUACAAUCACUUCAUUUCAAUUAAUGCGACGAGUAACCAGGUAGUGAAGGACGCGCUACUGAGUUACGAACAUGGAAUGAAGUGGAGUGACCAAAUUCCGAGGCACUACGAGUACCAUGCCUACACAAAUCUCCGUCCUCCAUCAAUCCGUUGACGAAGGAUCGUACUCCAUCUACCCCAUACCCAUCUAAUUCUCCCUAUCCCACCUAGCCACAAACUCCCUCAUCCCCCUUCUAACUUUCAUCUCCUCCCCCCUAUCUACAAGCUCAGCCCAUCUCAACACCCCCCUACCUUUCCCCUUACGCUUCUUCUUCUUCUCACCCCUUAGAAACUCCGCCAACAUCCGCGCCAAGUUUUCCUCGAUAAGAAAAAGAGGUACAGUCGCAACGAGCAGUUGAUACCGUAGACGGGUGCGCAGAAGAGCUAAGGACGGUAGUGAAUCAUCGCAUUUCUAUGCGGCACAAACACUUGGAAUUGAGAAAUCACACGAUGAAUAGAUACGUGACAGGUGCUGUUCUUUGAGCACAUCGAUGAGCUUGCUGUAUCGUCC